AUGUCAGAAGAAUAUUCUGGGGAUUACGAUGAAAUGAAAAGGCCAAUUCUAGGUGCAUAUGAGUUGGUCCUAGAAGCAUUCAGGCAGAGGUUUCGGAACAUAGGAAAUCAACUUGGACGUACUUAUAUAAGAAGUAAUAUACUGACUGAAUACGUAAAAACACAAGGGGCCUGGAUUUAUUCUGCACGAGUGGCAAAAUAUCCAGCAGUCAAUGUAGAGAAAUGUGCACAAAAAUGUAACUCAGAAAGCCAAUUUCUUUGCAGAGCAUUCCUCUUCACUCAGAAGAAUCAAGAAUGCAUCACUGCAGCAGAUAAUAGUCAUACACAAACAGUGAUAAGAAAACCAAAUGUCAUUCUUUAUGAGAAACAAGCUUUUCUGUUGGAGUGCAAGUUUGGCAAUGGUGAAACAUACAGAGGAACAGCAAAAAAAACCAUUUCUCGUAGAGCCUGUCAAAGAUGGGAUAGCAACACACCACACAAUCCAAAUUACACCCCAGAGAAUAGCCCACAUGCUGACCUGGAAGAAAACUAUUGCAGAAAUCCUGACAAUGAUUUCACAGGGCCCUGGUGCUACACUCAAGAUGUGAAUAAACGCUGGGAACACUGUCUGAUACCAAACUGUGAAGAGGAGUGCAUGUUCUGCAGUGGCGAGAAUUAUCGUGGCAAAAUUUCCCAAACAGAGGAUGGUACCACAUGUCAGCGCUGGGAUUUACAAACACCUCAUCUUCAUGGAUACAGCCCAAGCAUUUUUCCAGAUAAAUAUCUUGAGGAGAACUACUGUCGCAAUCCUGAUGGAGAACCCAGGCCAUGGUGUUUUACAACUGACAUCCAAAAGCGAUGGGCAUUCUGCAAUAUUCCACGUUGUGAUGAAGAGCCUCCUGCUGUUGAAGAAGAGACAGACUGUUACACAGGCAAGGGUCAGAAGUAUCGUGGAACUGAAAGGUCAACCGUUUCUGGUAGAAUCUGUCAAAGUUGGGAUGCUCAGAGACCACACGUGCAUUCAAGAACUCCAGAGAACUACCCCUGCAAAGGACUAGAACAUAAUUAUUGCAGAAAUCCAGAUAAUGAAAAGGAGCCCUGGUGUUACACCACCGAUCCAGACACAAGAUGGGAAUACUGUCAAGUACGAAAGUGUGGCCUUCAACCUGCAGUGCCGACGUAUGAAGAUGGACCUACUGAUUGCUAUACUCAAAACGGUUAUGACUAUCGUGGGACUACAUCCGUGACAAUAUCAGGAAAAAGAUGCCAGGAAUGGGAUUCCAAGAAACCACACAAACACACAAGAACAGCAUCCAAUUAUCCCGAAGCGGGACUGGUUGACAACUACUGUAGAAAUCCUGACAACGAUAAGUCACCUUGGUGCUACACAACUGAUCCUUCCACCCGAUGGGAAUACUGCAGGAUUUCAAAGUGCCAAACAGCACCACCUCAGUCCCCCACUGUAAUUCCAUCUCGAGCACCUAACGCUCAAACAGAUUGCCAAUCAGGUAUUGGAGAGACAUAUCGCGGGACAAUAUCAACCACAGCCAGUGGCAGGACUUGCCAAAAUUGGUCAGAAAUGACCCCUCAUGAACAUAAUAACUUCACUCCAGAAACACAUCCUAAUGCUGGACUUGAAGGAAAUUACUGCAGAAAUCCAGAUGGAGAUCUCAAUGGCCCUUGGUGUUUUACAACAGAUCCUAAGAAACAGUUUGAUUACUGCGAUGAUAUUCCUAUAUGUGGGCAACAAACUAAUGAGUGUGGAGUAUCUAGUGUUGAGCCCAAGAAAUGUUUUGGAAGAAUUAUUGGUGGCUGUGUAUCCAAACCACAUUCCUGGCCUUGGCAAAUUAGUCUUCGCACCUAUUAUGGUUCUCACUUUUGUGGAGGAACUCUUAUCGAUGUCAAUUGGGUGCUCACAGCCAAACACUGCAUAGAAAAAAACCCCAGACCUUCAUACUACAAAGUUUACAUUGGAAUACACAGAGAAUCUGCAUCUGAAUCAUCAAAGCAGACAAUUGAUAUUGACAAAAUUGUUACUGAACCCAAUCGUAAUGACAUUGCUUUAUUAAAGCUUCGGAGGCCAGCAGUUCUUUCUGACAAAGUUUCUUUGAUCUGUUUACCAACAAAAGGCUACAUAAUAUCAAGUGGAGCUGAGUGCUACGUUACAGGCUGGGGUGAUACACAAGGAACUGGAGGCGCUGGGCUUUUAAAAGAAGCAGGUUUUCCAGUGAUAGAUAAUAAAGUUUGCAAUCGACCUGAAUAUUUGAAUGGAAGAGUGAAAUUCACUGAACUGUGUGCUGGUAAUAUUGAAGGUGCAGUGGACAGCUGCCAGGGUGACAGUGGAGGUCCUUUGGUAUGUCCAAACUCCAAAGGCCAAUAUGUUCUCCAAGGAGUAACAUCUUGGGGGCUUGGUUGUGCAAGACCAAUGAAGCCAGGAGUUUACGUUCGAGUUUCGCAUUUUGUUGACUGGAUUCAAAAAGUUAUAGGAGGUGGUUAA